ACUGGAGUCUGUGGAGAAAUUGUAGUACAAGAUUAACUUCAUCAGAAUAUGUCAUAUGAUAUUAAAUAAGAAUAAUACAAUUAAUAAUAAGUAUUCUAGGAAAAGCCAUCAGCCCAGAAUAUUGUACAUUUAUUCAUGGGUAAUGAUAAUGAUCAAUGCCUAAGAGUUGAGGGGUGGUGGUAGGUCAUUCAAAAAAAAUGAAUUGCCCGAUAAAAUAUUUCACUUUGCCACGCCACUGAAAGGUUCUGAUUACAUUUUAGAAUUUUAUAACGAAACUUGAGUUGAUAUGAAUUCAUUAGUAUUUUAUGGUACCAAAACAGUAACAGUACAACGUGUGAACAAAAUAUUUAGUUAUACAAAUUUAAUAUUUCUUCCAAUGUACAUUAUUACAAUUUUUAAAUAAUACUAUGGCGGCCGCCAUAACAAUACUGAUUGCCGUUAUGCUUAAUCAUUGGUUUACCGGGGAAAACUAGAGCUUUCACGUUGGUGGCACUGUACCAUUGUAGGUUUGUAAAUGGACAAACAAAAAAAAACAUCUACAAAACGAACAACGGCCGCAUAGCGACGCGCCAGCGCCUGAACGCCACCAGGCAGUGCACCACUAUAUCACCACAUCCACCGGGCGUAGAACACCAUCGUCUAAUCGUCAUUGUGGUUGUCCGUUGAACGACGUUUCGCGUGUCGUCGUUGUUCGUCGCCGUCGGUCGUGCCACCUCCACAUACCUCUUCCAAACGUUUGUCAGUUUGAAUUACGUGUGUGUGUGUGUGUGUGUGUGUCCGUAUCCGCGUUCGUGUUAGUGAGUGUGUGUGCGUGCACCAGAGGACCGCAUUCUUUAGUCUGGUCGGUGGUCGCUGGAACGACAAUAAUUUACCUGCGCGCACCUCGUCGUUGUCGUCGACUGCCGUGUUUGUUAUUGUUGUUACCUUUAUCGGAUAAUUUUUGAUGGUUGUCGUUAUUAGUGAAUUUUUUUUUCACACCGUCCGAUACCUAACCGCCGCCGUCGUUACCGGACGCGAAAACCGUUAAACGGCCGUUAUUCGCGCGAUGGCAUUUGAAACGCCGCAACAGGUGUCGUCCGGCGGCCUUUGUGCGGUUUUCCAACUAUCGUCCCGAGUGCCGCUCGUCCGUUAGUGUUGUUAUUUAUCCGUUUCUGUAUUACUUUGGUUUUUCGUAUACUUGUUAUAUUUCGUUCACGGUCGUUUCGUACAUUUCGAACGUCAUUCCGUCGCUUACCCGUACCGCGAUGGAAGAAGAAGAACGAAAUGACCGAAUCUGCGACCAAACGCCCUGCGCCCAUCGGGGAUACUUUGUCACCACGGUUUUGAUACUCAUUCUGUCGGUUGUCACGCAAUCCGAAUGCCGUAAGUGUCCUUUCAGCGUCUUCAAAAAUCGGAAAUACAUUGACUCCUCGAUUGACUCUAUCUUGGAAUUUAGAUACCUAUAAAAUAGACCCGUUGACAUCCGGUUAUAUUAUUUAUUUACAGAAUCCUUUCAGGCUCCUCGGUUCAUUACUCAGCCAACAUCAACUAAAAAUGUGAUUGGCGAAGGACAGACAAAAAUAAUACAAUGCCAAGCCCUUGGUAAGUUUUUUGAAAUUUAUUUCCGAGUUAUUAUUAUUUCAUACUAACAUACUCGCAUUUUGAUGUAUAUUUUGUAAACAUCUAUAAUUUGGUUAGAUGGGCACGCUUUAUGAACAUCGGGUAUAUCUAUUGUGUUUUGUGUUUUCAUACAAAGUAUUCUAGGAAUUAGUGGCAUUUCGGUGAAACUGAAUACACAUUUUUAAACUUUAGUUUUAUACAACUUAAAUUACCUCGAAACCUUUCUAGGUAUAUUAUUUUGAAUGCAAAUUUUUAAAGCUCGAAUUUAUAUAGGUUUAUACCCAGGUUUGUACUUAUCAUUACUGCGUUGUAAAACCCAAAAUGAAAUGAUCAGGUAAUACCUAUGACUUGUACAACUAUUUGUACUUGGGCUAUUAUGUACAAUUAAAUAAAAUUAGGUAUAUUUCAUAAACGAAAACUUUGGGUGUCUAAUAAAUUAACACUUCUCUAUGGUUGGAAUAAAUAGAUAUUACUAUAAAGCAGUUGGUUUUAUGAUUUUAUUGUAAACAAUAAGUCUGCUAAAAAGUGUGUUGUACCUAGUUGGUAAAUGGCGAGGUAAACAAACUUAGCUUCUUAAUUAAUUGUACACCACUUUUUUCAUUGUUACCGGGGUAACAGGAAAUAUUCAAAUAAUUUUUUUGAAAAUUAGAUAUGUACCGAUUUAGUUGUAGAUUUAGUGAUUAGUUACUUACAUACGUAGCAGGGGUGGACUAAGAUUAAAAAUGUCACCGGGGUUUAGAUUUAGAGUGGCUACAUAAGUAUAUUGUUUAUACACAAAAAAAAAAAGUAGAGUCUACGAUUAAUUGUUGAACUUUUUAAAAUUUAGAAAUGUGUAACACGCUAAAUGGGCCUUACGUUUGAAGAAAUGUUGAAGCGUUUUUCCAAAUUAGAAAUAGCUAUGUCAAUUGUAAAUUCAAACCAUCUAAAAAUGAUCCUGCUAUAAAUUGCGUCGACGAAUUAUUAAAUUCCUUGAUGUACCAGAUUUCCCCACUUGUCGACAUGAAUUAUUCCGAUUUAUUUAUGUUGUACCUCGCAUAAAUCUUCACAGGCCACAUGGCCAAAAUAGAUACUGGCCCACUGGGAAAUUUUUCGGCGGCCCAGUCCGUCCCUGCAAUACGAAGAUACUUAAAGCUUACCCAAAAAUAUAUUGUUAAGUCCACAAACCAUUAAUAGUUGUCAUAAUGUAGAACAUUUAAAAUUAACAACAAACAUGAUUGAUAUCAGUGGCAAAUCCAGGAUUCGUGACCUGGCCCGGAGGAGGGGGCAAUUUUGAAAAUGCCUAUAAGGUAAACAUUUAUGAUGAAAAUCAAGCUCAGAGUAUAUUGAGGCGAUGAGUAUAUAUAGGAGCAAAUGGGAGGAGGCGAUUGACUCCCCCCUCCGGACCCUUAAUUUCGCCAAUAUUAUAUUGAUUCGAUAUCAUAUUUAUUAAUUUAUGUGUUAUCAAUUUUCUAAUAAUCAUUAGGUGCCUAUUGAACAAUGUUUGUUAUUGUCUAUUAAUGAUGUAUUCAUUAAAAAUGUUUGAAUUUUGUAGGUUUUAUUUUUCAAUUGCUAAUAUUAAUUACACUUUUAUAGUAUUGUUCCUUGUCAGACAUAAUUGUUCGUAAUUGCCGCACUCACUCAUUGAUCAUUGUGCUAAAUAUAUUUUCCACUUUUAGUCACUAUUAAGUGAUAAAUACAGAUAAAUAGGUAUUUAUUAUGUAUUUUUUAUGGUAAAUAAAAAGUGAGUUCAGUACCUAAGUAUAAUACUUAAUGAAAAAAAAUGGAAAGUUUAUUAUAGAUAUGCUUAUAAUAAUCAUAAUAAAAUGGGACAGUGGUUCUAUAGUAUGUCACCGGUCUCGUCAAUUUAUGUGACAAUUCAAAUUAUUAAGAUAAGAAUUUAUUUUUCUCGGAAUAAAUAUCAUUUUUCUUUGUUUUUUGUUGUGCUUGAAUUAUUCAUAAAUUUCAAAGCAUUGAACUUGGGUGGUAGGUAAAUAUAUUAUGUUUUGGGUCCCUUGUAGUUAAAUUGCCUAGAUAUAGAAACUCGGAAAUCACCCCUAUUCAAACAAUGCUGUCCGACGUUUGUCUAAAAACUGCCCCAAAAAUAAUAAUUUUCUACGAAAAUAAGCGCACCGUUAUUAUACACGUUCAUAUUAUAUACAGUUAUAUUAUAAAAUAACUCAUUAGCUUCUGACAAAAUCGAAAAUCUAGAAUACUUAUGCACUUUAGUAUUGUUACCUACAUGAAUAGGUUUAGGUGUAUAAAUUUAGAUAUUACAAUGUUGAGAUGUCGAGGAAUAUAAAUGAUUAUUUGGUUAUUUUGUUUCGAAUAUCAAUGACUCAUAACUAAAUGCAUUGCAACUAAAAGUUUUUAUUUCCAAUGAGUCAAGUUUAUAUCCCUAUAGAAAGUGGUACGAUUAUUCACGAAAAAUAAAUAAAAUAAUAACGGGAAUAGUUUUAAAGAUCAUGGUAAAACUCAUUGCACAGCUAUUUUAUGGAAAAUAAUUAAUUUCAAAACCUGUAGGUAGGUAGGUAGGUAAAAAUAUAAAACACCCAUGAAUAGAUAACAAGUUUUUUUUAGUGUCCUCUUAUUAGUAUGUAAUCUCGUAAUAUCUAUUUGCAAUUUUAUAUCAUUUUUCCAUUUGUAUUCUUAUAGUUUUCGGCGAGGUUUUUGGUUGUUACCUUUACUUAUUAAACGCGUUAAUUAUUGAUAAAGAAUAUUGAAAAAAAAUUUAAAAAAAUAUUCGCUAUUAAAGUUGAGACGAGUUAACAAAAUUUAGAUAAAAAGUGUAGAUACAACAACGUAGAUAAACGUUUUUACUUUGAGUUUCUCGAGUUUUCUAUACCUACCUUACCUGGAAAGGUACUUACCUACAUUUACAUUUUUAUUUUAUACAUGAUUUUAUAAAGGAUUAUUAAUAAUGAUAGGUAUAUGUACCAACUUGUUUUAUUUCCGAUGAUACCUGUAUUAUGUUUGAAAUCAAGUUUACCUCGAAGUUAAAGAAUUUUUUAUGAUGAUAUCUGUCUAUACCUACUAUUACAAUAAUUGCAUAUUCGAAUAAUACGUAAUUCAACGCCUAUUAUACCAUUCCUGAAUAACGUUAUAACUUUUAAGGUUUCUAGAGGAAGUCGUUUGCACCAUUGUAUUAGGGGAGCUUUUCACAGUUCGGUAUUUUCUAUCACUUGAAUGGUUUGAAUAAAAAAGUUACAUAGGUGUUUAAUAUGUUAGAUCAAUAUUGUACAUAAUAUUAUGUAUUUAAAAAACAAAAUUCAAAACAUACGAAUGUACGGUUACAAAUAGAAUCAUACAUUUAUUUGGUAACCUUAAAAACCUUCAAAUACAAAAUCUGCAUUAUUUUGUUAUUCGGUAUUAUGCAAGUCAUAUGUUAUAUAAAUAUUAAAAUGUAUUAUAUUUUCAAGGGAAUAAUGUAAAAUUAGAUUGUUAUUAAUUAUCUUCGUUCUAUAAAUCAUCAACCAUGUUGUUGGGUUUUAUUGUUUCGGUACUACUCGUUGGUUUUAUCAAUGAAAUAGAAUGGUUGAGUAUAUAGGUUAUAUUGUUAUUAUCGUGUUCUUCACGUGCCAAGUAAAAUUCUGGUAAUAAUCUUUUGUACAAUAUCUCAGAAUAAUAGCAAAGAUAAAUAACAUAGAAUUUUCAAAUUUUGAAAAACAAAAUUGUAAAAAUUACAGAAAUUGUUUAUAAAAGCUUUUUUGAUGUAUGUGAGUGCAUUUUUCAAUUUAAAUUUAGAAAAAAACGAAUCUUAAUCAAUCGUUUUUAGUUUGCAAUGAUGGUCGGACUAUUUUACCGUCCCAGCAACUCUCCGUCAAUACAACAAUGGCCAUGGUGCAAAAUGUUUACUAUCCCAUUUUUUUUCCCGUCGUAUCAACCAAAAUGAAAAUAUAAAUAUUCAGAAAAAAGAAAAUGAAUCGGCGAAAUCCGAGCCAUUGCAUUUCAUAUAAUAUUAUUACUUUAGUGAUUUAAACGAUCGCUUACCUCAGCAUAACAGUGUAUUAUUAUUUUUUAAUUCGAUUUGUGUAGAUAAUAGGUAUAUACAUACUUAUAUUAAUAUUUUGUAAAUUGAUGUUUAUAAUAACGCCAAGUUGUAUUAUUAUAAGCUAUGCAAACAUUUUGUCUGGUUUUGCAAUGCCAUAUAGAUGCGGUGCAGAUUAAUUAAAUUAAAAUUAAAAUUAGAUAUACCUAUUCUUUGUUUAAUUAAUUAUUCGUUCAACUAUUUUUUUAUAAGAUACUUGUGAAUUUUAAAAAAAAUAUAUUCAUUUAAGUUGCUACACGGUUUUAGACAUUCCAAAAUGUUCGAUAAAAAAUAUAAUAAUAAUUGUAAGGUAAAGAAAUUGUUAUCCAGAAUCUAUAAAAUCUCAGUACAUAUCUACCGUGUUUAAUCAAUAAUAUUGUUACUGGUAAAAUUUGGUGUGUUUUACUAUAUAAAUUGCAUUGGUUUUGUUUUUUUUUUUAAAUGUAAAAUUAACUUAAAAAGCUCAACUGUAUUCUAGAGUUUUAAUCCAUGCGUAAACAUACGGACUACUAAAAUAAACGAUUACAGGAUAAAAUACAUUUGUCGCUCCACUCAGAAUCUAAAAAUAAUAUAUUGUAAUAUCAAUGACGAAUGAUUUUAUACUAGUAUACUCCCGCCCAGAAUGUCGUAAUAUGCAUUAUGAUCGAAUACUUUUCCCAUUUUUCCAUAGUUUCACUUGUUCAUUUUGUAGUCAUUUUUAUUUUAAUAUUUUCUCUGUGAUAAUACAUUAUAUAAACGUAUGUUAGAAACGAUGGUAAAUUCUUGGGAUAAGAAGUUUCAACAAUGGUCGGAAAACACAUUCAUUGUUGUAUAUUUAAAGCACAAUAAUUUUUGAUGUGAACAAAAAUAAACGUAUAAAAUUAAAUGAAAAAACAAACGGACAUACUUCGCACAAUGGGUGGACUACUGUUGUAGGUGAGAAGUUGGGAAGGUAAAAAGGAAAUUUGAUGUAUAUCUGUACGCAAAGAUUAAUCAUUGUUAUCGAAAAACGAUUUUGAGCAGAGUUCGAUCAUAUACAGAGUUGUAUACAUAUCUUGAAAGCAGUGGCGCCGGAACAAUUUUUGAACCGUGGGGGCUGAAGAAAGAUACAUAUACAGAAGGAGGUAACAGUUUUCCCACGCCCGGACAGACGAUGCAUCCGUUUUUUGAUUACGCUUUAUCUCUUAAUAUAAUACAAAAGUUCAAUAAGGGACAAUUUAAGGCUAGUAUUAAAUAAAGAAAAUGGUAUAAAUAAAGUAUUUAAUAGUAUUAAAAAAUUACGAACUUAUCUUAAUAUUAAUAAUAUAUACACACACACAUAUAAUACGAACAAAAAUGAAUAGAAGUUUAACUAUUUAAAUUUUCCCGAAAACACAUUUUCUCUCCACUGUCUGAUUUAUAAAUUCUUUUAAAAUAUCAUCCAAAAGGAUUUCGUUCAAUUUAUUUUGAUUACUUCUAGAUUUUCUAGAUAACUGGUAAUUGUCUCCAUGUUAUCUUAUAUUCAUAUACAUACCUAAUAUACUAUAUUAUAUUAAUACUACAUACAUAUAGUGCAUGUAUGUUAAUUUUAAAUAAUACGAUUCUCAGACAGUUAUAAAAUAUACUUGAGUUUUGUUUUUAUAUUCAAUAUAAUAUCUAUAGCAGAUGACUGAAACCUAUGUAUUUUAGUCACGGGAGCGUAAAUUCUAGGAAACUGUCCAUGGGAGCUAUGCCCCCACGGAAUUGUUCUCGUGGGGCAGUAGCCCACAUUGUUCCCAUUGUCCCCAUUGUUUCGGCGCCCCCGUUUGAAAGGUAGUUAUAUUUACGAUUUGAGAAUAAUACAUUUCGUAAAUUUUCCUGUUUUUCCUACUUUUUUUCCCAUUUAUUAUGAAAUCCCUUGGAAAAAUCAAAAAAUGGAGAUCCUUUAAUAAGUAUACCAGCCCUCAAAAAUGUCCUUUUUUGCAAAGGUGCUACACUUGAAAAUUGGAGCAAACUUUCUGGUAGAAAAGUUGUUUACAGGAAAAAAUAAAUAAACAUUGUAAUACUAGUGGUAAAGUCAAUACAUUCCUCGCUCCGCUCAGAAUCUCAAAGUGAUUAUUAUAAUAAAUGUAUACUGAAUUAUUAUAUUUAGUUUAUGUGUUAUCCAGGUAGUGUAUCUUUAUUACUCAUCACAUUAUUAUUAUUUUUUUUUUUUACCGAUAACUGAUUAGUUGCUGUAAACAUACGGAUAUAAGUCGAGUUUUACAUUUGUUUAACCCCAGAAUAACCGUCUCGUCAAAUUUGUGUUUGGUAGACAGGUAUUCCCAUACAUGGUUUAUUAGUUAUUUUAUUAUAUAGAUAUAGGUACGUAAUUAAGGUAAUGUGUAACACCUUAUAUAAUAAAACACAAAUAGAAAUAUUUAACCGAGAAUUUAAUCUAUAGGUACUUAAUAUAUACCAUGUGUUCCUUUAUUAAAUAAUUUUCCUUAUCUCGUUUUCAAUCCGAUAGGACACCGGAUUAUUACCUAAUUAUUGCUCAUAAACCUCAUCAAUCUAUCACCUCGCGCCCCAAUCAUGUUUGUUGUCCUUUUUCGAGAUACAUCGAAAUACAUAGGAUUUCUAAUUUGAUUGAUCUUCGAGUCUAUAAUGAGAAACAUACCGAUAGUUAUAUUACGGUAAACUGAGCCACAUCUUUUUUUUUUUUUAUAUUAUCGUUAUUAAUUAUUAUUAAUUGCUGUAAUUUUUGUUUGGAAAUAUUAAAAAAAAAAAUGCAACACCAUGUCCAAGGGGAAUAUUCUUUUUCUUAAAUUUUAUUAUCCGUGUUUAAACUCUGAUUUCAACACAAACACUUAAUUUUGCUAUGUUGUUCGUAAGUUAACUCGAGACGGUGUAAUAUUAUAUUAUUUCGGGUAAUGCGUCCUCUAAAGUUUUAUGGUUAAAGAAAUUUGAAAUACUCAGUUAUAUACAGAUAUUAUAUUAUAUUUUACUUAAUAUACUUUGGUUUCAAUAACAUUUUAGUGAUUCAUCAAGUCUGGUGGUUUUAUUUUAUUUUUUGUUCGUGCGGUAGGUAUUUGAGGUUUUUAAAAGCACCUAUGGUCGCUAUAAUAUAAUACGGACGGGCUCUUGAUCACGAUCAUUGACGGUGAAAACCGAUGCAAAGAUUUCGAUUUCCUAAAAAACAAUAGCGUUAUGCGUAUACUGUAACUCAAUACCAACGGGCCACUCCAGUUAUUUACUUAACAGGAAGAGUCCUAAGCCCCUCUUCAAAAAUUUGUCAGCGCGUCUUUUUUUUUCUUUCCCACCACCGCCACCGCCACCACCACCACCACCAUCGCCUAACACCACCCAGUCGGUAUUUCCUGCCCGUCCUGCUGUUGCUGAUGUACGUGUGUGCCUGCUGUACGGGUUCACGUCUACUGUACACGACGUACGUAGUUCAUCUCUCUCUCUCUCUCUCUCUCUCUUUUUCUCUCUCCCGCGCGCGUCUUAGAAAAACACAUUGCCCCCGUCAAUCGGGUUUCUCGGUUAUAAUAUUAUGGUAUAUUUUUAUGGUGCGUGUUGCCUUCAAUAAUUAUCAUGUUACUCACGUAGUCCGCUUCUAUCGUCUAUAUCGAGGUAUUUUUCGUAUUGCAUACAGUAUUUUACUCGUCAGUUAUACUUGUAAUAACAAUAACUAUAAUUGUUGUAUCUACCCACCACCAAUUACAAUUAUUUCAUAUUUAGUCGGUUGUUCUUCCUUAUUCAAUUAAAAAUAUAUCAUUCGUUGCUACUCGUUCAUUCUACACUAUAUAGCGUCCGUUAUUCGCCAAAGCUUUGAUAAUUAUAACUGUUCAUAAAAUAUACAUUUACAACGUUUCAUAAAUGCAGGUAUUAAUUAAUAAUCAUUUUAUUAGGUACAAAGGGGGGACUGUACAAAAUGGUAAAAUAAUACGAAGUAAUGGUAAAUUUUUAUCUUAAAGUAAAACUUAGGAAAGUAAUACAAUUUAAUCGAGGAAAAUAUUACGUAAGAACUUAAAAGCUCGGAAAAUACCUAUUAUAAAUGAAUUUUAAAUCGAUACAAGAUUAUGACCAGUAAAGAAAUUUAUUGCACUAUUAUUCUGACUAUUAUCGUUUUUCUGACAACUAUAUGCAGUACUCGCAUCAUACAGAGAUGUAUUUAGGGAUUCAGAGGGACUAUUGGCCCUGUGUGCCACAUUUCAAGAGGUGUCAUAAUAUUUUAAGAAAUUAUAAAAUAUCAUUUUUUUUCUUCAUAAAGCUCAACAUAUUCCGUAGUUUAUACUCGCUGAGCAGGGCUUGAAAUCAUUUGUUUAGAGCUCAAAGUGUACAGUACAAAAUCUAAAGCGUGCAGCUCGAAAUUCCAGUGUGUUGUAAAAAUAUGUGUUCUUUUAUGAAAGGGCUCUAAAAUGUAAAUACGUCUCUGGUAUCAUACUAUUUAUACAUCUUGUAACACCAAUCACCGUAUUUUUUCGAGAUUUGCGAUUUUUAAUUUCCCGUUGAUAAUUUUCAUUUAAAUUCCCAACAAUUAUUUUUUUAAAUGGUAUUUUUAUAUUUAUUAGUUCCUUAGUAAAUAUAUUCCAGGAUAAUGUUUUCUUCAAUUUUUUUAUUCUGCAUAGGUACCUUUUAUAAUAUGUAGUUUUGGAAUUUGUUUCUAGAAAUUUGCUUUCCAAAUUUUUCUUUCUCCGUGAAUUACGUUUCCCGUUGAAAGUUGUUCCGACGGUGAAAAUAUUUUCCUGUGUUAUAUGUUUCUCAAAAGUUUUCCUGAUUACGCGUAUAAAUCUGGAAAAUGAUUUAAAAUCUCUCGUAAAGUGCCAAAAUCCAAAAAUAGUUUAAGAAGCUAUCGACCAACAUAUUAUUAUUAAAUAAGUUUUGUGACGUAGGUCGGGUUUUUUUUUAUGUAUUUACAAAAUCUCGUGGAUUAUAGUUUACUAUACAUUAUUAGAGAAUGGAUAUUUAAAUAAAAUAGUGGUUAUUAAGCCGCUGAGGCACAACAUAUGGCGUAAAACCACUUUUAUUUGUGAUUAUUUCAUCGCAGAGUACGCUGAGUGUAUUGUUCGUGAUUUUAUACAAAUACCACCACGCGGCCAUUUACACGGUUUUUAAACGUUAAAAAAUUGGUGUUUUUUUUUUAACUAAAAAGUUCUCUACGUACUCAAUGGUUUUAAUAUGUUAUUAUACUACGAGUAUGUGCGUAUGAUUAUCGGGCAGGUUAAUAAUUUCUGUACGAGGUUUUUGUUCUACGCGUGGGAUAUUUUCUUGACAAUCAAAUUGAACCAAUUGCAUGGGAAGUUUUAUGUUCAAGCCAGUUGUAUAAUAUGUUGGGGAAAACAUCGGCUGGUUUAGACAGUAAUUACUUUUAUAUAUAUAUAUAAAAAAAAAAACGAAAACGGAAAUCCAUGAUAGACGUGUUGCUGCAUUAUAAAAUAUAAAAACAGAAUAUUUACUUCAAAUUGUAAACAGUUUUACAAUCAUAUUUGAUUUUUUUUUUUUUCUGUGAAUAACUUUUCUUCCAGAGAGCACCUUCCUGAAAGAAAAUUUGACUGGGGUGGUACUUUAAGGUGGUUAUUUUUUGGUUUUCUCUGGGGUUUUCACUUUUCAUAAUAUAAGAGAAAAAACGUAGGAAAAACUGGAAAAUGUACAAAAUAUAUUAUUUUGAAACCGUAUGUAUUAUUGUGGCCUUUCAAAACAUGCACAUAACCGAAUUCCGCUCAGAAUCGUUUGUUUUUUCGUUAAAAAUGGUUAAUCAUUGUGUACAGAUAUACAUUAAAUUUCCCCUCUACCUUCCCAACUUCAUAUCGGUAACAGUAGCUCAACCAUCGUGCAAAGUUUGUCCAUUUUUUGUUCCUUUAUCACUGGUACGUUCAGAAAGGAGUAUAUAGUUAGUUACCUAUGAAUAUGAGAAUUAUCAUAAUAUUUAAAAAUGCUAAUAGCUCGCUUAAAAAUUAAAAUAAUGACAAACAUUUGCAUGGUUUCACAGUUAACACCCUUACUUUUAAAUUUAAUAAUUCAAUAUUAAGAUUAACUAAUUAAUUGUCAAUUCACUCCAAUAUUUAAACUGACAAAGCAUAAAGUUGUGCUUGUUAAAAUUCGCUAUAUCAUAUAUUUGUAAGACGGAAAUAGCACAUGAGGAUAUUACGUCCUCCUAAGUAUAAAACACUAUGCGUGUCCUUUAUACAUUUUAAUGAGUUAAUUUAAGAUACUUAUAUUGCUAUUUGUUGAUAAUAUAUUUUUGUUUUUGUGUAAUAUUCUCUUUUAUUGUUAUCCAAUUAAUAUCAUUCAUUGAUUUUCUUUUCUUUGGUUGCCAAUUAUUUUGAACAUUUUUUUUCUCAUAGGAGGUGUAUUUUUAUUGAUUUACAGAUUUACUUGGAAAUCUGUUUGUUUUGUUAAAUUGCACGGACAUUAUAUAUAAUAAUUAUUAUUUAUGUCCGAAUGUUCGGAUAGGAAACAAUAAUAAUACAAAUAUUUUUUACAUUAUUAAUUCUUUCAGUUCGACUUUAUUUUUAGAUUCUGAGUGGAGCGAAGAAGCUUAUGGUUUUAUAAAGAUGUUAGUUUUUUUUUUUUAUCUGGACAACUUUUCUACCAGAAAUCUUGCUCCGAUUUUUAAGUGUAACACCUUUCCUGAAAUUAAAUCGGUAUGGGAUGGUAUUUUAGGGAGGACAUUUUUCGAUUUUCUCAGGAUUUUUCCCAAUAAAUGUGAAAAACUGAAGAAAAAAAACGGGAAAAUGUACGAAAUGUAGGUAUUAGUUAAAAAUAUUAUAGCCUUCUUUUUUCCUGUGAACAACUUUUCUAUAGCACUUUUUCUGAAAUUUGACUAGGGGUGUUCUUUUAGGAAACUAUUUUUUGAUUUUUUCAGGAAUUUUCUUAAUAUAAGGAAAAACCGGAAGAAAAAUGGGAAAGUUGGUAUAAUAUUAAACAAAUAUGAUUAAGGAAAAUAUUUAAUUAUUUACCAUUUAACUAUUUUACCAUAAUAUGACAUAUAUUGUUAACCAAACAUCACUAUUAACUGAACUCUGCUCAGAAUUUUUUUUUAGUUAACAAUGGUUUAUCGUUGCUUACAGAUAUACAUUAAAUUCCUUUCUGUAUUCUACCUUCUCAACUUCCCAUCUACAACAGUGGCUGCAUCCAUCCCUAUUAUCAUUUUGCUUUGACAACUUUUUUAUUUCAGAACAAUUUUAAAAGAUCAGAUUCCGAUUUAAAACGAGGUUUUAAUAAAUCAUGAUUCAUUGAACAUUUAUUUUCGGAGAUAAGUGGAUAAAAGGCCUACCUGUCACUUAUCACCUAUCCGUUGUCUGUGCCAAUAUUAUUUAUAUUAUUUUACGUUGCAUAUUUGUUUUAUAUUUUUUGAAAUUAGUUUACAUAUGUAUAAGUAUAUUUUGUCUUAAGAAACAAAAAUAAAAACUAGAAAUAACAAUUAGAAUUUAAUUUAUGAUGACGAAAAACGAUAUAAUAUGUAUAAGAACGUUUAUUACCAGAUUGACCAGAUGGAUUACUCGUAUACAUAGAGCUACGUAGGUACCCAUAAUCUAUGGAACUUAUUUUGUAUAAUUAGUUCUUAUAUUAUGUUGUUUGUUUUCUUUCUAGGAAAGCUAAACUAUUAGGUAUGUACAUAAAGCUAUGAUUUUACACUGCACAUAGAUAUUAUGUUGUAAUGUUAUCUACAUGAAAUGUAUUCUUCAUUUUUAACUAUAUAUCGUUUUUUAUUUUAGCCAAAAUAAACGCAAAUAAACGUUGGUUUUGUUGUCUUUGUUGAGAAAUUCAUUUUUCAUUUCGAACUGUACGGUCAAUAAUAUAUCGUGUGUAUAAUUUAAUAUAAUGGUUAUACCUAUCGCAUUGUUAUUACGUUAUAUUCCUACGGAAAAUCGAUGACAAAUAUAAUAGCAUAAAAAUAUUAGUAUUAUUGUAUAUAUAUAUAUAUAUAUAUAUAUAUAUAUAUAGGGGGGAAAAAAAUAAGGCAUCACUUGCAAUGAAACUCGUCUCGUUACAUUCUAAGAAAGAAAAAAAAACGUCAGCGCGCGUGUUAUCUAUCUCGUUUUACCGAAGCAGUGUAUAUUAUACACAUUACCUCUGGUAUAUACCAACAACAACCCAGUUCAAUACAAAUGAUACGUCCUUUAACCUUGAACAAUAUUAGACUCACUUCAGGUUAUUCACUCUUGGAUACUAUACUGGUAUAGCAUUUUCAGUACCGCGCGUAAUACACCUUAUUAUAUACCUGCUUCUGUUUAGAAAUUAUCGUCUGUCAACCAAAACGAACAGGGGAAUCUUCUUUCAACCACUUACAUAGGAUUGGUAUACUUGGUUAAUAUAAUAAUAAAACAAGAAGUUUACAAUGUCGCCUGUGUGUUGAUGCCUUUGCUGUCUAUGUGUAGUUUUUAUUAUAUAUAUAUUUUUUUAAAGGCAAAUUAUUUUUAUUUAGUAAUCACGCUUGUAGAACAUUUACUACUGUUCUUCCGCGAAAAACUGGAAAUCUAUAGAUAAACAUAAUUGAUACUUAUAUACUACCUAUAUGUACGUAGAUGUCCUCAAUAAGCGCUUUCGAUUAAAAAGAAAACAGUAUCAUAUUAUAACAUAAGCAAGUGAUUAAAUUUAAAUUUAAGUUCCUCUCGGGAUCGUUUUUCGAAUGCGGUACUCGUGUAAUUGUUGUUCCGUUAUAAUAUAUACACUAUACGAGUUGUUUGAAGGCGGCUGCACAAUAUCCAUCAUUCGCUAUGUCGAUUUUGUUUGCUUUAAAACUAACGUUUUGAGUUUCCAACGGUUUUUAAUCCAUUUGGGGCGAUUUUAGUAUUUGGUGAUAAUAUUAUAAAUAUUAUAUCAUUUUAAGUUUGAGAACAUGAGAUAGGAACCUAGUAUUAAAUAUGUUUUACUUAUAAAUAGGUUUUUUUUCUUACUCGUGUUGCAAAUAAAUAUCAUAUUGCAUACAACCCGUACUAAGUUAAAAAAAUAAAAAUAAAACAAAAACAAAAUAUACGGACAUACUUCCCACGUGGGUGGGCCACUGUUGUAAGUGAGAAUUUAGGAAGAUAGAAGGGGAAUUUAAUGUAUAUCUAUUAUCCAUACUCAAUGAUUAACCCUUUCUAACAAAAAAUGAUUUUGAGCAGAGUUUAGUUAAUAGUGUUGCUUUGUCAACAUUAUAUAUAUGUCAUACUAUAGUAAAAUAAUUACAUAUGCAUUAAAUAUUUUUUUUAUAUUGUACCUAUUUUCUCGUUUCACUUCGUUAUUUCCCAGUUUUUCCAAGUUUUUUCUCAUCUUUUAGGAAAAUCAAAAAAAUGAUCUUGCCAGUCAGAUUUCCCUUUAGAAAAAGUGCUAUAAUUAUUAAUCGAACUAUCGGAACAAAAUUACUGGUAGAAAAGUUGUCCUAAGAAAAAAAAAAAUUAACAUUAUUGUAAAACCAUUCCUCGCUUCACUCAGAAUCUAAAACAAUAAGAUCGUAAAUAUUUAUGAAGUAUUUUUAAGAACUUAUGUACUUGGGUUUACCUAUAUUCAAGCCUACAUAGUAAUUAUACGUAUAUGAGUCCUUUGUAUAACAUAACAUUUUAUUUAUUUCAAGAAAAAAAGACACCGAGAUAAAUUUAUCUAAAGUUAUAGUUUUGAGUUUUAAGAUUGUUUACUCUUGUUCCGUGUUUGCAUUAGGAUGCAUCCAGUUCUCACAGAGUGAGAAGAAAUCAAGUUCACGUGUACUAAUAUCAAAACUUAUCUAAACUCAAAACCUGAUAUUGCUCUAAAGAAGUUAAUGUGUACAUAUAUAAUAAAUAUAUACACUAUAUAUAUAUAAUAUAUAAGUGUAAACUUUUAGUGGUUGAAAAACCAAGCCAUUUAUAAUCAAGAUAGUGUAAAAGGCAAAAGUCACGUUGGGUAGUAGAUAAAUUGAUUCUAAAAUCUUGUCUAUCAUGAUCUAUGGUUGCCAAUUCAUUCGUAUUAAAUUCAAAUAUUGAUACUUUGUGCUUUUAUUUUUUUGAGGUUGUGUUUUUUAUCACCCCGGGAGUAUUUGUUAUACGCUCGUUUACAUUUAAUGGUUUAAUAUAUUUUAUUUAUCUUAUUUUAAAAAUCAGCCCUCUGGUUAAAUAUUGUCGGUAUGAUGACAGCAUCUAACCUAUACAUUUUACAUCAUAUUAGUUUUUUUUUUAUUGUAUAUACAUUUUUCUUAAUCGUGUAGAAUAUAGGCCAAACAUGAAUGCAGAUUGAAUUUAUUAUUACUUUCUAAGUAUAAAUUAUUGAAUAACUUUACUGCAGUUACUCAAGUUAUAGUUAUAUAAUAUUUCAUUUAAGUUAUUUUUGUCCAAUUAAAAAUCAUUAUUUUAAUAUAUUUAUUAUAAACUGGUAAGGCGUGUCCUGAUAAUGAUAACCUACUAUUAAACAUUUGUUGGUCAAAACGUUAACAUUAUUAUUUUUUUUUUCCGAAACAUGUUUCCAAAAAAAUAAUAUAUUAUUUAUAGUUGUUCAUUGGUUGCUAAAAAUCUAAAAUAUAGUUUUUUGAAAUAUGUAUAGAACCAUGCACUUCUAAUUAUUUGUUAUGAUACUGCAUUUAAAUGUCUAUAAUUAUAAAAAAAAUCAUAAUUUUAUAAUAAUUUAAAAAUUAACUCUAUUUUUAAUGUUAUUAUUUGUUUACGUACAUAUGUGUAAACUUUUAUAACUACUUUUGUAACCUAUAAAAUAUAAACAUAAUAUUUUCUUGUGUUAAAUCUAAAUUUAGAGUACCUAUUUAGGUUUUUACUAUUAAUAUAGUAUAGCUAGGUACCAUUGAUAAAACAAUAAUAUUUACCCUAAUAAAUAUUAUAUAGUAUUUUUUUUUUAAAUUAAUGAAAGUAAAUGCUCAAAGAACUUUUUAAUAUUUUGUUCCUGAAUUCUAUGUUUAAUGCUGGUAGAUUGAUUGAUUUUAAAUUCUGAAUGGAGCGGAGAAUAUAUUGUUUUUACAAUGAUGUUUAUUUGUUUUUAAUAGGUAUGACAUUUUGUUGUACGAAAAUAAAACGAAAUUACUUAAUUACAGCCAAGUGUUGUUGUACCUAUUUCAAUACUGUUAAAAUACAAUAAACUAGAUACUUACCUAGGUAAUUUUGUUAAAUUGGUAUAAGAAAUUAAGAAAGUGGGUGUUGAUAGGUAGUAGGUACUUACUUAACUAGAGUACCAGAGUACUAGUGCUAAAGAUUUAUGCAUUUUCAGUAUAUUUGUGUAAAUAUAAAUAAUUGUCAGUAUACUUAUAUAGUAAUAUUGCAGAUUUAUAUAAUAUAACUGUUACGUUCGAAUAUUGUUGAAAAUUAAUUUAAAUUUCAUUAGUACCUAUAUGAGUCUUCACUUGUCCUAUCUAUACUGACUAUAUUUAAAUUAAAAGUGUACCUAUCUAAAAAAUAAUUGCACGUAUAAUUGGAGGUACCUACUAUAUUUAAUCCGAUUUAAAGAAAAAUAUAAAUUUUUUUGUGACGCGAGUAUAAAAUGUAUAAUGAGUAUAACUUAUAGGUACUUAAAGUAUGUUUGUAAUUUAAAUGUAUUAUUUGUUAUUUAACUAAAUUUACGACGUAUUUGUUAGGAAAAAUUUGUUUUUUUAAUCAAGUUUAAUAUUUUUUAAACAUCAAAUAAGAACAAAAGGUACCUAUGUAUUUUUUUCGUUUAAAAUCAUGUCUUAAUAAUAUUAUAUUUAGUACAAUCUGGUCUAUAAACUAUCGGUACGUAUAGGUUAAUUAUUGCGUGUCCGAUAAAUAUUUGUAAUAUUCCGUUUUCCCUGUUAUUUUAUGUGCAACAGAUUUAUGUAACUGACAACUGUGAUAACAAUAAUAUCAUAUUUGUAUAGUUUUUAGUAUUUCCAUUAUAUGAAAUAAAUUGCUUUUGUCAAAUAAAUAUUAAAGAAAUCGCUAAAGAAAUACAACAAUAUUGUUUAAAAUAUCACAGAUCCGCAAUGAUUAGAUGUAUACCUAAGCCGCAUUUCCACGACUAGUGUACUUACUAAAUUCGCCAAUAAUAAUUGAACAUUUGACUAGUAAACGAGUAAUGUGUUCACACGACUGGUGUACUUGACAAGUAUGUCAAUACUUGAGCACUUGUACAAGUAACCAAGUACACCAUUCCCACAGUUGGCUGUGUACUAAAGCACCUCUGAAUAAAAGUCAGCAUCCUGUUUUUCGAGGUCCACACGAACCGACCGUGGGAUCACAAGUACACUUAUAUUAGCCGUUCCUUUGACUUGUGUCAAACUUACCGAUAAUCCACGGGAAGGGCACUAAUAAUUGUACAAGUAUAUUGUUCCAACGGCAUGGCAAAUAACCACCAGUGUCAAAUAUUGGCCAAGUACACCAGUCGUAAGAACGCGGCUUAAGGUUAAGGUUUUUGUUUUUCCAGGUUUUUUUUUAAUCUGGAAAAAUAACUUAAAAUAAAUAAAAUGUAAAUUAUAAAUACAUUUCAAACUGUUAAUUUACAUUAAUUAUAAAAUCACUUCUAUAUAAUAAUAGAUUAUUUUCUUUUACAGGAUUUCCCGCUCCAGUUUAUAAAUGGUACAAAGAUGGUAAAGAAGUGGGCGAUUUCUCAUCUGAAUAUCAAUCGUUUCGUCUUUUGAAUUUAAAACAUGACGACGGCGGAACCUAUCAAUGUAUAGCGAAAAACGACGUUGGAUCGAUAUUAUCACAAAAAAUCGAAAUAAACAUUGCAUGUAAGUUCGUUAUCUAUUUAUAUUUUAUGUAGAGACCUUAUUGAUAUUCGUAUUUAUAUCUCAGAUAGCAAUUUUAUAUUUUAAGAACUUUAAAAUAAUAUUGAAAAACUAAUAAUAAUAAAAAAUAAUGUUAUUAGAACUUUUCAAAUGACUCCAAAUAAUAUCAUUGAAAUGUUCUUAUAAUGUUCUCUUGAUUAUUUGACCGCAACUUUAAUGUUACCAUAAUAUUAUUCCUUAACAUUUUAUAAACGUUAUAUAACAUUAUACAAUAUUUGUAUAACAUUGUAUAAAAGUUAACUUGACAUUAAUUUUAUAUUUUAAGAAUUUUAAAAAUCAUUUUUAAAAUGAAUUUAAUCAUUUAAGUAUAUUGGACUGUUGGAUAAAGGUUUAAUGUUAUUAUUAUAGUGAACAAUAUUAUAGUGUACAUAUGUAUGAUAUGAGGCGGAGUGUUUCAAGUACAUUUGAGGACUAUAUUAUUUAAUAGAGAAAGUGAUAUAUUAUAAUAUAGUUCGUAUUGCGUUUAUCCUGAAUUAGUGAUUGCAGAUAUUGGAGGAAGGAUCGUCGGUCGAUCCCUUUUUUUUUUGGAAUUUUCAUCUUUGCUAUAUAUUAUUAUCAGCUGUAACUUAAUACUUGCGAAAUUGUACCUCAUUAUUUCAGUGAAUUUUAAAUUUACCCCUUCCCCCUCUUAGAACUUGGGAUAUAUCAGUUUUGAAGGUGAAAACAAAUUAUUCAUAACAACUUUACUUAUAAUUAUGUGUAGCAAUCGUAUUCGAAUUUUUAGAACUACAAAUCUAAAUAAAAAUACAUACAAUUUAAUUAUUCCUGUAUGGCUGUGUUAUACGCUAACAUUUUAAUGUUGUUGGUUAAUAACUAAUACUUUAUUUUCAUCCCAAGAUAAUCUAAUAUGAUUUUAUCAAAAAUCGACAUUUUUCAAAAUAUAAUAUGAAAAGUAGUAUUACGUAUAAUUUAUACCAUUUCCAGCCAUUAUUUACUAUUGCAAUAAAAAAAAAAAAAACAUUGAUGGCAAUACAAAAUUAAACCGUAUUGUCAGUAUUGCAUAAUGUGUGUCAUAAAAUAAUAUAAUACGAGUUUAACUAUUUGAAAUUUCCGUACUAGCUAUAAUCAUAUCACUCUGGCGACCUGUAGAAUGGGAACCUUCGAGUCGCCGCUGAUGGCUAGCUGAUUAAAAACAGUUUCUUCCAACUAUAUACCUAGGUAUUUUGUUUUCAAAAUAAAAAAUAACUAUUUCUUUAAAUUUUCUCCAUUAUGCCGCUAGAUCAAACCGAAUUAUUACUGUUGUAUGUAAUUUAUCAAAAAUACAAUAAUUUUGAACUAAUUUAUACAGUAGAUAAUAGUUACAAUAAGCUGCCGUCCGUAUACACAGUUAUAUGACCCUUUAAUUAUUCAGAUCUUAUAUAAAACUAAAAGAGACAUUAAUAAAAAUAAAAGGUCGUGGAUAUAUCCUGCGAUUCCUGGCGGUAUUUAUUAAACACAACACGAUUGUCUACAAAUUUAAAUGCUGUGCUUAAAAUAAUUAAAUUUUUAUACAUGCAAUUUUUGUAUUAUUUGAGUAUAGAUCUGUGAGGUCGAACAAUUAUUUUGUAUACAUUUUGAGUUUAGUGAGUUAAUUUUGCUAAGAUGUGUUUUUUCCUCCCCGGAAAACUCUUUUUAGAUUAGUAAAAGUACUUCGAUUUUUUCACGUCGCAUAUUAAAAGAGUCGAAUUUUUCAUCAAAUAGUAUUUUAUUUGAAACUUUUUUUAAGAUUCCCAAAAGGUUUUAUAAAAAAAAACUCGCAGCAAAUAGUUGCGAUAGAUUACUAUCGAUUUUAUUUUUGUUGAUUUUUGGGUUACCUUGGUUAUAAGAUGUAAACGCGAUUAAUUAUUCUGUAACCUCCACUCCGAUUAGAAUUAUUAGUUUUUAACUAAAAUGGUUUGUAUAAUAUAUUAUUAGAAAAAAAACUUGAUUUGUUCACUUUUUAGCAUUUUCAGAAUAGUCAAUUUGUAAUUGAUAUUAUUCUAAAGAUGUUAAUCUUACAUACCUACAUACAAUAUAUCCGUUGAAAAGUUUCCUAGUAAUAAAUAGGCAAUUAGCCAUUUUAAUUUCUACAGAAGAGGCGUAAAAAAGUUGUAUCUAAUAAAUUACCAAUAAACUAACCUUACGUGAUGAGGUACCACAAAAAUAAAACAAGUAUAAAACUGUCAACUAUUUCUACAAUACCCUGCGUAAAACAAAUACCCGCUAUUUGUUUUAUUCUGUACCUAUUACAAAUUAUUUAUUGUGUUAGAAAAUAAAAUUACUAUUACUAAGAAACUAUUUUAAACUAAUCGGAUAUGAAUGUAUGGUACAUAUUUCAAACCUUUGGAAUAAUAUCUUUUACAAAACAGCUAGGUAUUUUAAACAUUUUGAAAAGUGAAAAAAAUAAAAUAAACUAUGAACUGAGUUAUUAAAAUCCGGAAAAAUAUUUAGGUUAGGCUAUUAUUUAAAUUUUUUCACGAAUCUGCAAAAUAUUUUCCUUGUUUUUAUUUUAUUUAUAUUUAUUUAUGAAAAGUACGGACUGGUAACCCAAUAUGGUUACAAUUAUAAUAAACAGAUAAUGAAAUCUAAUUCAAUAAUGCAAUACAACAAUAUGAAAAUAUUAAUUAUUAUAAAAAUAUAUAAAUAAUAUAUUUUCGUUGAUGACCCAAAGGUAUUUAAUGUUAUAAAGGAUACUUCUGAUUGUCUAGUUCUCCAAAGAUGCUUAGAUAAUUUGUAUGAAUGUGGUAUUAUAUUGUUUUUCCGUACACGUUCACAUAUUAACUUUCAAUAUUCUAUUAAUUGUACCUCUCUAGUUUCGGUUUAUACUCUAAAGUUUACAGUAUAAACGAUUUAGGUGUUAUUUUCUCUACCGAUCUAUCAUUUAAUGACUAUAUCAAUUAUGAUUGUAUCAAAUCCUUGAAGAUACUUGGGCUUAUAAAUUGGUUUCUCUAAUAUUUACGCUUUAAACACCAUGUAUAGAUAUUUCAUUUGUCAUUAGUUCCUUCGGUGCUCGAAUAUUAUUACUAUUACUAUUAGGUACUAUUAUUAUUAUUAUGCUUCUAUUAGUAUUGUUCGUCCAAUAUUAUUUAAUCGGUUAAAUAAAGUACAAAAUAAAUUCUUAAAGAUGAGCUCAUUUCGUUGUGGAGUUAACUCUUACAAUAUUAUAUCUUUAACUGAAAGACGAGUUGAGUUUGAUGUUGCAGUUCCUUCUUUUUAUUCAAGAUAUCUUCUAACUUUUAUAAAUAAAUUUCAUGCUACUAUCUAUGAUUACGCAGACCCUCUUAAUCGUGCUUGUUGCACUCGUAAUAAUUUGUCUAAUAUUGAAAUUUGUUUUGAUUUUUCCCCAUCUAUAAUUCGAAAAUAGUAUUAGCUAUUACUUAUUUUUAUUAGCUUUGUUUCUUCUUCUCUUUUACCUGUAUUCUUAAUGCAAUAUCCAUUAUUAUAAUUUGUCGCAAAUUUAUUCUCGACUUGAAACUAAUAUGUCCAAAUUGUCGUGUUGCGGCGAGUGCGUGUACUUCCCGACCGAGGUCGUAUUUAGCGAGAGUUCUAAUCUACGGGUUCGUCUUUCCGCGUGGUGGAUCGUUGUUUCGUGCUCCGACCUUCAAGUUGCAUCGCGGGAUGUCCUCGGUUUGCCCUCUUAACUCUAGUAACGGAGAUUGUGUUAUCAAACAUUUGUCGGUAGACUCCUGGGUGCUGUCUGCCCUCGGUGAGCACCGAUAAUUCGCUCCGUCGGUUACUGGGUGUCGAAAUAUGUCCUACUUUUGGCUUUUAUGAAAAGUAGUUCGGGCGGUCUCCGAGCCCUGGUGCCGAUCGGGGACCCCGGUGUCGGCCGUGAACUCGCACUAUGGUCGGCACCGUGCAAUUGGUUUCGAACGGGCUUACGAGUUUCGCUAGGUAGUGGCUAAUAGGCUUGGGGGCUUACAUACCCGAUGGCUGCUGAAUCGUAAGCAAGACGAAUUGGAUAUCGGUUGUUAAGGCCACGCUUUGAUGCAUCAAAUGAAUCUAGGGCUUUCCUAUGGAGCAUCCGAGGGUAGCCCUGGUUCCCCGCUAACUCUUGACUAGCACCAUUGCUAAAAGAAGGUCAGGGGGUAGUAUUAAAUUUUUUGUUUUCUUAAGUUAAGGCAGUAAAAGUUUGUUUCAAAUGUCUAAAUGAUUUAAUUUCAGAUAUGGAAAAUUUUAUGGAAGUCACUGAUCCUAUAGUCAGAGUAGAAAGAGGUCAAGCAGCAAUAUUGGAUUGUCCGCCAAUUAAAAGUUACCCUCCACCUAUGGUACAGUGGUUAACUGAUGAUGGAACUCAGUUGUACGACAUUAAAUAUGCUUCAGUAGCAGAAACACAUCAAUUAGUUGUUUUAUCAGUCUCUGACAAUGACCAAAAAGCAUACAGGUCAAUUGAAAAAAUAACCAUUAAAUAUUUUUAAAUUAAUAGAGAAAUAAAUAAUAAAAAAAAUUAUUUUAUUUCCUCUGUUAAUUAAUAUUUUUAAGUUUUGUAGCAAUACAAUUGAAACAAACUACUUUAUAAGUUAUUUUGCUUUUUAUAAUUUUAAUUUAAUUUUCAUAAUGUCAUACAGUACCUAAAAAAAUUCUUAUACCUAUAAUUAAAUAAAAAAAUUGUAUUAUAUAUUUAUAGAGUGAGAGCCACGAAUCCAUUGUUAGGAAAGGAUGAAUUCAGUCAAUAUUUAAGAAUAAAUAUCAUAGGAGGCUCUCAAGCGGGAGAAAUUGCUCCACAUUUUGUGGUCAAGCCCAAAGGGAAACAUAUAAUUAAAGGUCACAAAACUACAGAACUCCAAUGUAUCGCUAAUGCAAGACCCUUACAUGAAUUAGGAACACUUUGGUUUAAAGAUGAUAUACUUAUAGAAAAUACGAAUGGCAUUGAUUAUAUUUACAAUGAUCCAUGGAACAGAACUUUAUCUCUGAUUAAUGCUAAAUUAACCUAUACGGGUCGAUAUACUUGUCAAAUACGAUUUUUAUCUGGUGGCUAUGCGCCUAUUUCUGCUGAUGCUGAAAUAUUUGUCCUAGGUAUAUGAAAAUGUGAUUAUUAUUUUUAAAACGUUUUAUUAAACUUUAUAUUUUUGUAAAGAACCACCUACAUUUGUUGGCAAUUUGAGAAUGGAAACUCUUGGCGAAUAUGGGUCUACUGUUAGAAUAAGUUGUGAUACUAUGGGAGUUCCACAGCCAAAAAUUACCUGGUAUCGCAAUGCUGAAAUAAUUGGUCAAAACAACAGGUAAAAUAUUUCAGUGAAAAAAUUGUAUGUAAUACAUAUAACAAAAGAUACUAACUAUUUUUACAGGUACAUUGUUGAAGAAGAUGGUACUCUAAUAAUAAAAAAAUUAAAUAUAGAAGAUUCCGGUAUGUUUCAAUGUGAAGCAGAGAAUGAAGCUGGAUCAGAUUCUAUUAGCACAUGGUUGAAAGUCAAAAGUAAGUACAUUUGUUUCUAUGUAUUUUUAAAUAUUAUUUUUUCAUUAAAUUGUUUGAGAAUUAUAGUUUUAAUUUUUCAAAAUGUCUAUGAAUUAUUUUAUACUUUAACAAAAAUAAGGAAGAGAAGCAUAGAUAAAUUAAUAAUAUCAAAAUUAUAGCUUUUUUAAAUUAUAUUCUUUCUUAUUAUCAUUAUUAAAAAACCCAUUUAUCUAGGAAAAUAAGUUUAUAAUCUUUUCAGAUAAUGAAAAUACUUAAAUUGUCUUUAUUUAAUGAAUAAGUUACUUUUAAACUGAUUAAUAAAUAUUUUGGUUUCGGUAAAUAGUUAUGAGGAAAAUUGUAAGAAAAUAUGUUUGUUAACAAAUUUAGAUGAGAGAAAAAAUGAAAUAUUUUACAUUGAAAAUCAGUAAAAAGAAUCUAAUACAAUUAUCUUAAAAUAUAUCUGAUAUUUAUGAAUAAAAAUACAGUUAGUUUGACUGUAUUUAAAUAAAUAUCUUUACUAAAUUUACCAUGAUAUUUAUAAUGUAAAACUUUAAAAUUAUUUUUGAAACACAUACUCUUGUAUUUUGAUAGUUAUCUUGUAGGCAUAUUAUGUAAAUACUUUGAUGGUUAAUGUAGGACGUUCUAAACGCUGGACAAAACCUUCUGUGUACAAAAUGAUGAUGUGGCCUCACCCAAAUGCCCGAAAAAUUCCUCGUAAGGUUUUUUUUUUUGUAAAAUGUGGACAUUUAGCAACAAUAUCAACUGUAUUUUAGCACCGCACUAUGCACCAUAUUUACGUAUGUAGGCACAAAGUUGAAUAGAUGUAAAUUUAGGAAAUGAUAAAUGUCUACAGAUCAAUGUCUCUUUUUUUUUUUUUGAGAAUCUAUAUUAGUUUUUGUUUGCACAUUAUAUAUAUAGUUGCCUUUUUUGGGAUACCUAUGUAUUUAUAGCAAUAGUAUUCAAAUUAUAUAUUUAUUAAACAAACAUAUUGUAGUUAUCACAUUAGAAUAUAUUUACUUAAACAAAUUUACACAAAUUUUUUUUUUUCGUGCAUACACAUGUUUAUAAAAAUAAUUUGAGAAAAUGUGUGUAAUCCGUUAAACAAUUAUUCUUAAGUAUUUCAAUUUAUUUUAAUUUAUUUGUUUUAUAUUUUAGCUACAGGUCCAAUUAUUGAAAAUGAACCUCAAAAUUCCACAGUUUUAGAAGGAAAUGAAGUCAUAUUAUCUUGUAGAGUUAUUGGAGCGCCUAAACCAAACACAACUUGGACUUUUGGAGGUUAUUAGUUUAUAAGAAAACAUUUUUUUUUUUUUUUUAAUCACUAUUAAUUUUCUUUAUUUUAGAUUUAUAUGUUACGUUAAACGAACGGAUUCGAAUAUUAGAUACUGGAGAUUUAUUUAUAUCUUCCACAAAAGUUCAAGAUACUGGGAAAUAUAGCUGUAUUAGGUCUAAUGAAGCUGGCUCUGUUGAAAUGCAUGCAUAUAUUAAAGUUUUAGGUACCCAUUGAUCUAAAAUUAAAUAAAUUAUAUAUUUAAAUAAUUUUAUUUUUUGUUAGGUAAAACUACUAUUGUUGAGCCACCCAUGGAUACAAAAGUUUUAUUGGGACAAAAUUCCAUUAUGAAGUGUAAAGUAUCUAGUGAUCCGACUGUAAUUUAUCAAAUUGAUUGGUUCCAUAACAACAAGUAUUUUUGAAUUGUUAUUCCUUUGUUGAUACUAUUAUAACUUAUAAUAUAUCUAAUUUUGCAGGAGUCUUGGUGCAGGAAAUACUAGAAUAAAAGUUUCUGCUGAUGGAACAUUAGAAAUUGGAGUAGUACGUGCAGGCGAUGCUGGUGUUUAUACUUGUUCAGUUUCAUCUCCAGGCGGAAACGAGAAAAGACAUGCAUAUUUAAGUAUACUUGAACUACCUUAUCCACCUAAUGUGGCUCAGGCUGAACGGGUUGGACCCAGAGCUGUUAAUGUUUCUUGGACUGUUGGUUUUGAUGGAAAUAGUCCUAUAUUAAAAUACAUAGUGCAAAAACGACAAAUAGGUAGGUACUUCAAUAACAGACAUGUUAUAUAUAUUGUGUAUUAUAUGUAUUUUUUAAUAAUUGUCAAUAAUUUUUAUAUUUAGACACCCAAUCUUUAUUAGAUCCACUUGUUGAUUGGGUUACCGAGCUCACAAAUGUAUCUGUUAAUGCUCGUUAUGUAGUCUUGGAAAAUUUAAAAGCAGCUAAUACAUACCAAUUUAGAAUAAGUGCAGUGAAUGCUAUUGGAGAAGGAACUCCUUCACAACCGAGUAACUUUGUUACUUUGCCACAACAAGGUUUAGUUAGAUAAACAAAUUAAAUAACAAAAAUAUUUUAAAAUUGGUUUUUCUUUUUUUAGCGCCUUCCGGUCCACCUUUAGGUUUUGUUGGAUCUGCAAGAUCAAAUUCUGAAAUCAUAACUCAAUGGCAACCUCCUUUAGAAGAACAUCAUAACGGUCAAAUACUUGGAUACAUUAUAAGAUAUAGAUUACAUGGUUAUAUAAAUAGUCCGUGGACAGAACAUAACAUUACUAGUGGGGUAAAUAUUUUUAUUCAAUUGUUUAGUUUUAUUUAUAUUCAAAAAUAAAUAAUAAAAUUAUGUAGCACUCAAAAUAAAUUGCUUUCGUGUAUUUCAGUGUAUAUGGUAGUUUAUUUGGUAACAUAGUUUUCAUGGGUUUUUUUUAGGCUCAACAUUAUUAUUUAAUCCAAGAUCUAAUUACGUGGAAAGACUAUGUACUUCAAGUAGCUGCUUAUAACAAUAAAGGGGUAGGAGUUUACAGUGAUAGUAUAAGAAUAAAGACCAAAGAAGGAGGUUAGUUUUUUUAUUUGGCUUUCAUGACUAUAACUGAAUUAACUAUUUCUAUAUACAUAAUUGAAAUAUUUCAUUUUUAUGAUUAUAAUUUUGUUUUUUAAUAUAACUAAAAUAUCUUGGUUAGUUUAGUUUUAACAUAUGAUUGAACAAUUUAUUAUUAAUCACAGUGCCAGAAGCAGCUCCUAUAGAUGUGAUUGCUAGACCAAUAAAUAGUACUUCGGUUCAAGUUUGGUGGAAACCUCCAGAUCCACAAAAAAUAAAUGGCAUUAAUCAAGGAUAUAGACUUCAAGCUUGGAUUGGUAAGGUUUAAUUUAAAAUACUAGUCAAAUAAUUUUAUAAAUUGUUUUCCGUCUUACUAAAAUAUAAAUUAAUAUCAUUGGCAAAAAUAAAUCAAUAUUUAUAUGAUAUUGUACUUAUUACAACGUGUAUAUAAUUAUUAUAAUUAUUACAGAUGAACAUGUAGAACUUGAAAUGACUGUAGCUCCCAGUCUGUUUGAUCCACUUGCUCAGCAGACUACAACAUUUUUAAAUUUAAAGAAAUUUACAGCCUAUAAUGUAACAGUGUUAUGUUUCACUGAUCCUGGUGACGGCCCUAUCAGUGUUCCUUCAUUAGUCGUUACACACGAAGAUGGUAGUUAAAAUUAAAAAUGAUUUAUUGAUAAAUUUAUACAAUAAUUUGUUUUUAAUCUGUUGCUUUGUUUUAUUUUUUUACAUCAUAGUACCUGAUUUAGUUGGUAGUCUUCACUUUGAAGAUGUAUCUGACCGUUCUGUAAAUGUUGUUUGGUCGGCACCAUUACACACAAAUGGUCAUCUAAUUGGCUACACUGUGUCAUAUUCAAUACGUGAUCGCCCAGAAACAACACAUUUAGUAAAUACAACAUCAGACAUCACCAACAUUAUAAUAGAUCAAUUACAAGCUACUACUCAUUAUAAAUUUGAAGUAUUUGGCUGGACAAAAGUUGGUUCUGGUCCAAGUAGAAUAGCUACCAUACAGUCUGGAAUUGAACCCGUUUUACCUAAUCCUCCUACAAAAUUAGCUAUAACAAAUAUCGAGCCAUUUUCUGUUGUUCUCCAGUUCACACCGGGAUUUGAUGGAAAUUCUUCAAUUACCAAAUGGGUUGUGGAAGUAUGUACAUUUAUAUAACUAUAAUUAUGAUUUUACAUCUUGUAAUUUUAUUAAUUAUUUAAAGGCACAAACUGCUAGGAAUACAACAUGGUUUACUGUGCAUGAAGAAAGUAGCCCUGAAGCGACAACAAUAAAAGUCCUUCAAUUAGUUCCAUAUACCUUAUACCGUUUGAGAAUUACUGCUUGGAAUGUAGUUGGUGUGUCAGAACCUUCAGAUCCAACUAAAGAUUUUCAAACAAUCCAAGCACCUCCAGCACACCCUCCUCAAAACGUUACAGUGCGUGCAAUGUCUUCUACUGAGCUUCGUGUUCGCUGGAUUGUAAGUAUCAUAACAAGUUUGAAUUAAGUAUAAUUACUCAUUAAAUUUAAUUUUAUCUCAUAGCCUUUACAACAAAGCGAAUGGUUUGGAAAUGGGAAAGGUUAUAAUAUAACUUACAGAUUAUUCAAUACAAGUAUUACUAAUAAUGUUACGAUUGAAGAUAUUACCUCUAAUUCGUGUGUUUUGGAUUCCUUACAAAAAUUUACCCAGUAUGAUAUAACCAUGAAUGCAUUUAAUGAUGUAGGGUCUUCUAGUCCUAGUCCUCCUGCUUUUGAACGAACUAGAGAAUCUGGUAAUUUAGCAUAAUAUAAUUUUAUUCAUUGUAUAUUUAAUUUAUACUGAAUAUUAUUAAUUUUUAUAGUACCAUCAAUGGGGCCUAUUAAUGUCAUUGCAAAUGCAACGUCUUCAACAACCGUUGUAGUUAGUUGGGGAGAUGUACCAUUUGACCAUCGAAAUGGAAUAAUUGAAGGAUUUAAGGUAAAUUAAUAUACUCAUUUAAAAUGUUUAUCACUGUAGUUAUAGGCAAUAUUUAACAAAUAUAUUAAAAUAAUUUUAGGUUUACUAUAAACCAGGUGGUCGUACAGUUUAUCCCGUUCAAAUUAAAGAUAUUCCUAAAAAUUUGACAUUCACAACUACAUUGACAGAGUUAAAGAAAUUUGUUCAAUACAGUAUUCAAGUUUUAGCUUAUAGUCGAUUAGGCGAUGGUGUUCUAUCGACUCCGAUUUCCAGAGUUCAAACUUUUGAAGACGGUGAAUAAAAAUUAUAAAUAAAUAAUAUUUAUAGAUUUUAGUUUUUAAUAUUAAAAACGAAAAUUGUUGGGCCAGCAAAGAAUAAUACUUCUGGAAAAUAGGGAAAGAGAAAAAAUGCAAAGCUAGAGACAUUAUUCCAGAGUACUAAUAUAAUGGAUAUAACAAAUAGCAAAAUUUAGUGGGCAUGCUUGGUGGAGUCAACACAAAUUAAUAAUAGCUAUGAUGGAAUAAAAGCCAUGUGGAGAAAGCUUAAUAAAUCAUAAAAAAUUGUUAGAGCCAUUUGAAAAAAAAAUGUGAAGCCAACUGUAACGCAGUGAUAUCAUUAAUUUUUGGUGGAGAUAUUAAUUGACCAAGAUAAAUAUUUCUUAAAAUUCUUUAAUUUUUAUAUUUUAACCGGGGAAACAAAUUGAUAAGCAGUUGCACAUGCGCAGAUGUUAUCAGUCCUAUAAUUAUGGUGGCUUUAACUCAUUCUAUAGCUAUGAUAUGACUGAACUUCAAAAUCAAGAUAGAAUGAAAUGAUAAAAAGCUGUUCUUGAAUAAUAGGGGCAGUUGCAGCCACUGUUAUAGGUAAUUCAAUGUAUGUAUGAAAGCAACGACUAACCAUUAUAAAUGUAAAAACAAUUUUUUUGGGAUUCGGUUGAUAUUAUUUAUUCAUCAACAUAUGUAAUUACUUUACCAUAAUUAUGUGUGCAUUAUAUAUUUUCUUUAAUAAUAUUUGUUUAAAUUGCACCAAUUUCUUGUUUUUCCUGGUUUUCCAAUAUUUUUACCUGGUGUUUCUUAUUCAUUGGAAAAACGUCUAGGGAAAUCAAAAAAUUACCUCUAUAAAGUACCACCACAGUUAAAUUUCUGAAAAAAUUGCUAUCAUUAUAAAUCAGAGCAAAAUUGUUGCUAGAAAAGUUAUUCACAGGAAAAAAAUCAUCAUUGUAAAACCAUAAGCUUCCUUGCAUUAAUUCAAAAUUUAAAAAAAUGUGAAAUCACUAGUAGAAGAUUUAAAUGGAAAAGAAAAAUCGGUGGUUAGAGGGCUGAGUCUGAAAUGGAUUUGUCCUGAAAGACCUUUUAACCAAGAAAAAAAAGGAUAAGUAUUAUAAAUUUUUGAAAAAAUAUGUGUUUUUAAAUUACAGUUCCUGGUGCCCCAUCUAAUGUAUCUUUUCCGGAUGUUACAUCGACAACUGCCAGAAUUAUUUGGGACGUUCCUGUCGAUCCAAAUGGGGAGAUACUUGCUUAUCGCAUAAAUUAUCAGUUACAUAGUUCUGAAGGAUAUAACUUUUCUAAAGAAUUCCCAGCUUCAGACCGCACGUUUAGGUAAUAAUAAUUUUGUCUUAACAAUUCUAAUUUAUUUACGAUUGAUGUUGUGUAUACAGGGCAAUCGAUCUUAUUCCUGAUCAAUACUACAUGUUCUGGGUCACUGCUCAAACACGUUUAGGGUGGGGUAAAAGUCAAUCUGCACUUGUGUUUACAUCAAAUAACCGUGAAAUACCCCAGGCUCCUUCUUCACCUCAAAUAAGUCGCAGUCAAAUUCAAGCCACACAAAUCACAUUUAAUUGGACUCCGGGUCGAGAUGGUUAUGCUCCACUGAGAUAUUACACUGUACAAAAAUCAGAAGAAAUUGGUCCAUGGACGACUAUAUCUGAAAGAAUAGAUCCGUCUAUAACUUCAUACACAAUUCAAGACCUGUUACCUUUUACUUUAUACAGAUUUCGUAUACAAGCGACUAAUGACAUUGGCCCAAGUAGUUACAGUCAUGAAUCCCCCCAAGUCAGAACAUUACCUACGUGUAAGUUAACAUUAAAAUCUUAUACUCAAUUUAUUUGUAAUUAAUGGUUUUUUUUUUUUUUUUAGCACCAAGUCAUAUAGUAAAUAAAGUACAAGUUGUACCUAUUACUACAACUAGUGUGCGUGUCACCUGGGAACCUAUACCGCCGCAGUAUUGGAAUGGCGAUACCCAAACUGGUGGUUACAAAGUAUUGUACCAACCGGUUUCUGAUAUUCCUAUGGCAUUGCAAAUAACACCUAGUCAGUUAAUUAUGGGAAUAAAGGAAAAUUCGAUAGUGAUCGGAGAUUUAGUUCGUGAUCGAAAUUAUGAUAUUAUUGUUAUACCUUUCAAUUCUCAAGGAAAUGGUCCGCCAUCUACACCUAUUCCUGUUUAUGUCGGUGAAGCUGUUCCCACAGGAGAACCUCGUAGUAUAUCAGCAUUCGCCAUAUCAUCUACAGAAGUACGUUUAUCAUGGGAACAUCCACAACAAAAUCAACAGAACGGAGAUUUAUUAGGAUACAAAGUAAAAUUUAAAAUUAUUUUAUUUAUUUUAUUAUGUUGUUGCAUACAUUUUUUUUUUUUUUAAUAGAUAUUUUAUAUUGUUACUGAUUCACCAAAUGAACAUCGCAUAGAAGAAGAAACAGAAGUUGUUCCAGCUACAUACACUAGUCAUAGUUUAGUGUUUUUGGAUAAGUACACAGAGUAUAAAGUCCAAAUUUUAGCUUUCAAUCCAGCUGGCGAUGGUCCAAGAUCUACUCCUAUUAUUGUCAGAACUCACCAAGUAUACUUUUGAAAUAAUAUAAUAAUAUUUUUGGAUACUAAAACACUUUUUUUUAUAUACAUAAAGGGUGUACCUGGUCCGCCGACUGAUCUUCAGUUUUCUGAGAUAACAAUGAAUAGUCUAAAGGUUUCAUGGACGCCUCCAAAACGAAAAAAUGGACUACUUUUAGGCUAUAUAAUUACAUAUGAAACUGCUGAACAAAACGAACGUAAGAAACUAAAAAUAAUCUAACUUUCAUAUUAAUUUUUUUUAGUUUAUAAUGUAAAUAUUAUUUAUAGGUUUUAGUAAACAAGUAAAACAAAGGGUAAAUCAAACGUGGCUGCUUGUUCAGCCCCUCGAAGAAGAAGUGACUUAUACGUUCUCAGUCAGGGCUCAAACAAUAGAUUUUGGAGUUUCUAUAAAAGGAAAUGUAACAACAGGUCCACAACCUGGUUCCCCUAAGAGUCCAUUUGAAUUAUCAUUAGUGAAAACUGUUUCUAGUGUUGCACUUAAAUGGAAAAAUGGCCCUUCUGGAAAAGGACCAAUUCUUGGAUACUACAUUCAGAGUAGACGCAAAGGUAUAAAUUAAACAUUACUGAUCAUUUUUAAAUUAACAGAUAAAGAAAAGUGUCAGCUAAGCAAUAUUUUAACUUUUUUUAUGUUUUGAUAUUUUAUUUUCCAUCCAGCUAUUCAAGACUGGGAACAUUGUAAGUUUGUUUAAAAGAUAGAAAUGUAUUACCUAUAUUAAGUUUUGUGUUGCUAUUGUGUUUUGAGUCUAAAGAACAAUGUUUUAAUCUGAGUUUUUUCUUGCUACAAAAUACAUUUUUUUAACUUUGUUUUACACUUCCUAUGUAUUAUGCAUAAUAUAUAUUAGGGGUCUGCAAUGAUGAAUCAGUAUAUAUCAGGAUGUUUUCUAAAUUUCAAUACAUCAGAUUAUCCAUUUAUAAUUGGAAUUACUUAAAACUAAUUAGUCUACAUGGCACAUACAUUUAUAUUGUUUAUGUAAGAACUAGUAUUUAUUUGAUAAGGUAUAUUGAUAUAUUUUAAUCCUUAAUAUUAUUUCUUAACUUAGACUAUAAUGGAUUGUUGUUUUUACUGAUUGUUCUGCUUAUUCUAAUAUAUAGCUGUUACAAUUUUAUUUAAAAAAAAUAUACUUAAUAUUAAAUAUAGUAGAUAGCAUAGCUGUUUCAAUUUCAAUCAGAACACUAUUAUAUUUCAUAUUUGUUUAUAAAAAACAGAAAUAUUGCAACAAUAUGAACAAUAUCAAUACUAGAAAAAAUAUUAUUGCAGAACCCUCUUAGUAUGUGUAUUUCAAUUUGUUAUUUUCUACAAGACACCCCAACAAUUUGUUCAUAAAAUCAUAAAAGUAAUAUACUUAAACAUUUAGAAAUGUUUUCAAUUUUAACUUGUGGCUUCAAAAGGAUUAAAAUAUGAGAAAAGGGGGGAAAUUUAUAUGGUUUUCAGAUACAUCACUUUAUUUUACAUUUUUGAUAAACUGAAGAUAGCAGGGAAACUUAAUGUAUAUCUGUAUGCAAUGAUAAACCUUUGCAAACAAAAAACGAUUCUGAGUGGAGUAUGGUUAUACAUCUUUUGAAGGCCGUAAUAUUUACAAUUUAAAAAUAAUACAUCUCAUACAUUUUUUACUGUUUUCCGAAUGAUUAUGCAAAUGCUUGAAAAAUUAAAAGAUGACCAAGUAAUAAAAUUUCUUAUGAGAAAAAGUGAUGUUCUUGAAAAUCUGAUCUAAAUUUCUAGUAGAAAAGUUGUUCACAGGAAAAAAAAUGAUUGUAAAAUCAAAUUUCCUUGCUCCAUUAUGAAUCUAAAAUACAAAAACUCCAAUUUAAGGGUUUCUUUUUUCUCAAAUAUAAUUAGUCUAAAAUGCACUUAACUUAUCAAUAGAUUUUUAUAAAUAAUUUAGACUAAACAAUUCUUAAAAAUAACAGAUUAUAAAUUAUUUAAUUAAAAUGAAUUUAAAUAAUAUUAAUAAUCAUAAUCAAUUGAUAGAUAAAAGACAAUCUAUAAUUAUUUUAAAAUCGUCUUAAAUUAAUAAAUUAUAGUGCAUCUAUUAUCAGUAUUAUCAAUAGGUAUUGGAUAAAAAAAAAUCUCAACCCAUCAGUUUUGAAUUUAAAUAUUGGUAACUACAUGGAGAAGAAACUUUGUUCUUCAUUCCCUUAUAGCAGUUAUAAAAUCUUUCCAGCGUAUCAUUCUUAACUUUAAUUUUCAAAUUUAUUUUUACACUUUUUUUUAUAAUGUACAUUUUAAUUCUUAAAUCAAGGAAUUUUUAUGAACUAGUUUAUAUUUCAAUUUUAUCAAAGUAUUUAAUUGAUCUCUCAUUGAUUAAUUAAAGUUUAUUUUUUGAAUAAAGAUAUUUAAAUUAAUAUGUAAAAUUAUUUUUUUUCUUUUUAAAUACUAUAGUCAAAUAAAGCUAGUGUGCUGCAUUUUCUGAUACUAAAAAUUAUGGUAAAACUUUAAACUUUAUGCCACUGAUAUUAGUAUCAAUUUGUUUUAUAUUUGUAUAGAUUUUGUAAGCAUUUGAUAUCUUUGUGGGAAGCUUCUAUCUAUAACACUUGUUCCGAAAUACCAAAAUCCAAUGUAAAAUAAGAAAAAUAAGUACAUAAAUUGCAAAUUUCAUUAUUUUUGUCAGUAAAGCUGUAAAAUUUCAUUGAGAAAAAUAAAUAUUUUUAAGCAAUAAAAGAAUUUGGGCAUCUACUUUGCAUAAUGAAAAACACUUGGAACUCAAACACUAGUUUCCUAUUAGGUGUACCUCUAAAAAAAAAUUUACAAUCAAUAGUACUUGAUAAUGCUUUCUUGGCUGUUUUAUUUUUAAUUUAUCUAUACAGAAUGAAAUUUUAUCCUGUAUCAUUUCCUUUUUUCAAAACUGUACUAUUCUUAAUAACAUGCAGUGGUAGUUUUUCUUUUUUAAUUUUUGUCCAACUUCGUUGACCAUUUUUUGAACAAAGCAAGAGCAGUGGAUUGAAACAUUCCUAUUUAUAAUACACUACUUCUUCUUCUUCUUCAUCCCAACUAUUAGAGGUUGGCCAUGAUAAUAGAUACACUAUCUAUAUUAUUCUAUGAUGAUUGGAAAAUAAUUUUAGUUGAUUUCCUAUUUUUCAAUUGGUUAUUAAGCAAUACUAUUACAGUAAGACUUUCGUUAACAGUCAUUUUGUAUAGUCCCAUAAUUUAUUAUGCCUCUACAGGAAACCUCUAAAUAGCGGUUAUUAUUUCUGGUCCCUCUAGUGACCAUCAUAUGACAGUUUUACUGCAUAUUAUUUAAGUUAAAAGUUCAACUUUACAGUGUUUUUUAGUCUUCUUAUUAAAACUAACUUGUAUUGACUAAUUUCUUUUUAACACAGUCAAUACAAGUUAGUAUUUGUAAAAAAAAAAAUAUGUUUUUUAUCAUUUUACUUAAUACCUCUUUAGAAAAUAUAAAGAUAAGAAAACAAAAAACCUUUAAUUAUCUUAAUAUAAUAAAAGGUAGUGUUACGUGAGUUCUAGUUGCUCUUAGUUAUAUUAUAAAAAGAAUAUAUUUAAUUUUUGUCAUGAGAUAACACUGUUACAGGGUUUUAAGUUAGGGUACUUGGUUAAUUUAGAUAAAAAUAUUAACCAGAAACAAAUUGAAAUAAAAAACUCAUACAAAUUAAUACAAAUUGCUUUGUUUAUUAACAAUAAUAUUUGUAUAAAGUGUAAUAUUAUAGUAUACUAUGAAUACAUUUUGAAGUACUUGGUUGUAAAAAUAUUAAUUUAAGAAUGCUUUGUCUAUUCAGUGUAUUUUUAAUUAGCUUAAUACAAUAAUGCUAACUCAAAAAGGGCUGCUCUUAAAAAAAAAAAAAGAUAUGAUAUGCUUAAUUUUUAAAAUAUUUGUGUAUUGAAUUUUAAUUAUAAAUAUAUUAACUGUAAUUAAUGUGGAUGUCACUCGUGUUCAAAGCAGUAUGCACCAUGCUUGUCAAUUUUUUCUUCAAAUUUUUAGUUAUGUAACUUUUAUUGAUUUCUAUUGUUUAUAGAUGACACACGCUGGACUACAGUAACAAAAAGUAAUAGUGGACAGUUAGAGGAAUUUUCAGUAUCAUAUCAAAGUUUAUUACCCUCUACUUCAUAUUUGUUUAGAAUUGUUGCCUAUAAUGAGUUUGGUAUUAGUUAUCCUGCCUAUUCGGAUGAUGUGGUAAGUAACAUACUACAACUGUAUUAUACCAAUAUGAGCUGUAUUAAAUUUAAUUAAUUUUAAAAAAUAUUAACUUCUAAUAAAUUGCAGGUUCUAACACCAUCAAAAUUGUAUUUGGAAUACGGUUACUUGCAAAUGAAACCGUUUUAUAGACAAACAUGGUUUAUGGUUGCAUUAGCAGCCACGUCAAUAAUUGUACUUAUUAUGGUUAUAGCCAUUUUAUGUGUUAAAAGUAAAAGUUACAAGUAUAAACGUAAGUUAUUAAUUUUUAUAUUAAUAAGAUCAUUACUAUUACAUAAUUAGCCUUCAACAUUUGUUUUUGUCUUCAAAUUUUAAUUUAUAUACUUUAUAUAUACUAUAGAAGAAGCACAAAAAACCUUAGAAGAAUCUAUGGUUAUGGAUAUCGAUGAUCGGCAGCAAUUGGCAAUGGAACUCCAUAGAACUAGAAUGUCAAAUAAUAAUUCUCUCGGACGAAUGUCCAUUCAUAACACUUUACAUCAUUCAUUACACAGACGAAAAGCGCCCAUUGGAACUCUGGGAAAAUCUCCUCCGAGACCAUCUCCGGCAAGUGUUCCAUAUCACAGUGAUGACGACAGUGUAAAAGGCUAUGAUGAAAAUCCAGAUGACAGUUCAGUCACGGAAAAACCUUCAGAAAUUAGUUCAACAGACUCCCAAGUAUGUUUUUAACUUCAAUUUUCAUAAGUAAUAAUUUUUUAAGAUUUAAUUAAUUAAAUUAUUUUAGGGUUCGGAAAGUGAGAAUGAAAGUGUACGUUCAGAUCCACAUUCGUUUGUCAAUCACUAUGCCAAUGUCAAUGAUUCUUUAAGACAGUCGUGGAAACGACAAAAACCUGUUAGAAAUUAUUCUAGUUAUACAGAUUCAGAACCUGAAGGUAGUGCAGUAAUGAGCCUUAAUGGUGGUCAAAUUAUAAUGAAUAACAUGGCCAGAUCACGAGCUCCGCUACCAGGAUUCUCGUCAUUUGUAUAACUCAAUUUAAAGAGUGCCAUUAUUGGUCCGUCCACAAUUUUAUUUAAUAUAUUUACUUAACUUUACCAUGACCUGUCUAUUGGUUAGUCUGACCACCUUACUCUAAAAUGUCUUUUAAUAGACUGAUAAAGUUUGUAUUUAAUUUAGCUCUAUACAAUUAGAUCUCAAUCUAUUUCAUUAGAAAAUAAUUUUCUUAAAUUCAAAAUUCAUUAAGUUUUUGAGCCACAUUUACUUAUAUAAUAAUAAAAAGACUGAUUGCAUUUAACUAUUUUUCAAUUAAAUCCUUCAAAUUAAAAUAAAAUAAGUCUUUAAAAUUUGUAUUGAUAUAAAAUAGUUUUUUUCAUUAAUUUUAUCAAUUUAAUUAAUACUACAAGUCCUUAAAACACUUAAGACUUUCUAUUUGAAAAUAUAUUUUUAUGUUGAAUGCCAUAAAUAUAUUAUAGCCUUGUUUAAAUUAGAACAAUAUUUUGUUUUAAAAUUUUAAUUUUAAACGAGCAUCUUGACUGAAUUAUUUUUAUAAAUUGUUUUUAAUAAUAUCCACUUGUGUGUUCUAAUGUAAUAAUAAUUUUUAUUUUUAAAAUUAACAUACUAAUAAGUAUUAUACAUUACUAUUUGCAAUGUAAAUGUGGUCCAAUAAAUUGAAAUUAAAAAUUUAUAUAAUUUUCUAAGGAAUUAGUAAUAGUUUUGUUAAUUUUCAUGCACAAUUGCAAAUAUUAACAAUAAUUUAUUGAAUGUCAAAUGUAAUUUUUUAUUUAUUUUUUUUUAAACUGUGAAAACAUUUGUAAUUAUUAUAAUAAUUAUUGAUUACCUAAAUAAUUGUUAAGAGUAUUUACUAUCCAAUACUAGUGAAAUUAACCUGUACAUUAUCCUGUGAUAAAAAUUAUGGGAACAAGCAAUAAAUUUGUUUUUGUUACUUUAAUCAGUAUUAUUUAUAUUAAUUAUACUAAAAAUAAAAAAAAAAAUUGUAGUUUAAUGGCUAUAUUUUUUUUAUUUUGUGUAGUUUUUAAAAUAAAAUAAAUGUUGAAUUAUUAAAAGCUUAUUUUUCCAAUGUAAUUUAAUGAUUAUAAUUUGUUAUAAUUAUUUAAGAUUAUAAUAAUAGUAUUUAAUAUUUAUUUGAAUGAAUGCUAUUUUGUGGUAUUGCAUAUUUAAAUUAUAUAUGCGAAUAAUUUUAAUAGUUAAUUAUUUGUUAUCCAAUAACAGAAAUAUUACUGUUUUAUGUUAAGUUUUAAAUUUAACCAGUGAUAAUAAAAUAUUUUGUUCUUGAAAUCUAUCUAUUUUUUUUCUAAAUUGAUAUAUUACAAUGUAUAAAUGAUGACCAAACAAAACCAAUUUUAUUGGAUACGAAAAUUUAAUUUAAAUUUGUUGACUAGUUUGUUAUUAUAUGGUGUCUGAUAAUUAUUUUUUAAAAUUUAAAUGUGCACAUCAACUUUUGUCAUCAAAUUACAGAAUUAUGUUUAUAAAUAAUGCAAUAUUUUACAUUUAUAUUUAAUUGUCCACUUGUGAUUUCUUUUUAAGUUUUGUUUGACUUUAAACACCAGAGUUAAUAAUAUUACUAUUGAUAUAUAAUGAAAUUAUAUUUGGAAAUAGUUUUAAAAUAAGAGUAUAAUAUUAAUAAAAAUAUUUUAACAUGCUUGAAACUCAACAAUUUUCAAAUUUAAAAUAAUUUUUUUGAUUUGAUAGAAAAAUUGAAAAUUUGUUAAGUUUUGACCAUUUGAAGAGGUCCAUGCAAUAAUGAGACUUCAUUUUCUUCCAAAAACGGGAUUUUCACGGAUUAAAAUUAAGAAAAAAACUACAUAUAUAUUUGUAUAAGAGCAAAGUAAAUCCAACCAUCCAUUUAGGAUAUUUGAUGAAAAAAUUAUGAAUAUAAAUUUCUGGUCAAAAAACCGGAUAACUCCAUAAAAAGUAGGUUAAUAUUAGCUCCUAUCUCAGGGUAGUUAUAAAAAUCAAAUCAAAUGCUACGGAAUCGUUUUUAAUUGUAGUUUAAUAUAUCUAAAUUGACUACAAUUAUUUUUAAAGCGUUUUUGUUUUUGUCUCGUUAUUGAAUGGAGCGACACCUUCAUUUGUUUUGUAUACUUUUUUCAAAUAUACCUGAUGGAAAAUAAUAUAGGUAUGUAUUUUAUUUAAUUUAAGAUUUACUUAUUGUUUUAGUUUGUUGGAUUUUGAAUAAUGAGGGAAAAAUUACAUGAUAACAAAAUAAUAAUAUUUAUUUCAAUUGUACACAAAAGUUUAACAUUCAUACAAUUUUAUAUUUUAUUUUACUAAAGUCUUCAGCUGCAAUUGGACAAUACAUUGAAUACAAUCAGUAAGUAAUAUGAAGAUGCUCAUGAUAAAAUAUUUUACCAUAAAUUUUUGAAUAAACUGCUGGAAUAUCCAAAACAUUACCCAAAAAUGUAUAAGUCAUGUAUCUAAUGAAUGAUAAUACUGACUAUAUCAUGUUAUUUGACAAGUCAAUUUUUAAAUAGAUUUUUAAUAAGUCCGUGAUAAAAACAGUAUUCAUAAAAUUAAUAGAUGAAACAAAUUGAAUAUAUUAAAACUUAAAUUUUAAUUUUGAAAUUAAAGUUUAUCUAAUAGUAUUUGUAUUUAUCUUUAUUUUUUUGGACAGAUUAAGCCAUAUCGUUUAAGAAAUAAUAAUAUUUUUCAUCUGCUCUAUCCAUUUUUCUAUGUUUGGUGGAAUAUUAUGUUUCUUGUACAACAAAGACCAUAAAGCAAUAUUUUUCAAAUCCAAUAUAGUAUUUGAAUCAGUAAUCAAAUUAUAUAGCUCAGAAGUACGAUCAUUUGUCGAACAAUUUAUAUCAUUUAUUAAAUCCAAAAUUUUGUCAGAAUUUGUUUGAUCAACAGUCCUCUGAGUUUCAGUGGUUAAAUUGUGAUUAAAUAAACGUAACAACUGCACCUCGCCAAAUAAUAUGUCUGUUGAAGAUUUCACAAUUUUUGGACUAGGUUUAUC